AUGGCUAUUCUGGGAGAAUUGGUCGUGUAUGUCCAGAAAGCGAGGAACCUGGACAACCGCCAGUUAUUGGGAAAACAGAGUCCGUACUGCGUGUGCAGGAUUGGUGAGGUUGUGAAAAGAACUCGUCCAAACCAUAAAGGUGGUCAAUUGCCCGUGUGGGAUGCAGAACUACGUUUUGAUAUCAAAAGUGAAGCAUACAAUGUCAUGAAGGUGGCCGUUUGCUGUACGGGUUUCCGUAAACGUGUUCUGGAGAUUGGCGAUACAGUAAUUAGCAUUAAGAAAGCUUUAGAAGAAGGCGAAUUUGAAGAUUGGGUUGAGAUUCAGCAAAAUUAUCGUUUUGCGGGUCAAGUUUUGAUAAAGGUCCAGUUUGAACCAACCGACCCUUCUUACUUUGCCAAGUCCUCCUCGAAAACAAUCACAACUCCAUCUAUCGUGGCUGACACAAAUUUUGUUGCUGAUAAUGAGCCGUUAAAUAACGUCUCAAUCAUUCCAACGUUCUCUGAAGAGUCCUCAACUGUGGACAAUGAGUCGGUUCUGCGGGGACUCACCCCAUCCAUUGUUCGCAACCGGGAAGAAACAUCGUACACUUCUCUGUCCACUCGGCCCAUGCGUCCGCUGCCACAGCCACCUGCAGAAUUGGGUGACGAAGCUUCGCUCGACUUCACUGUUCCCGCUCUCCAUACGGGUCUUGACACUGUUAUUGACGAAACUGAUAUUUAUGACUACGGCAGACAGGACAAGUCGGACGGUCUUAAGCCUUUCCCGCCUCCCCCACAUCGUCGAAACUUAAGUGUCUUCGACAAUGGUAACGAAGAGGCCAACGAUAUGGAGGACGGUGAUUCACGUAGUUUCCUAAGCGACUACAUUCAUUCCCCUUUGGCUUCAGAACCAGAUCCGCCUCGUUCACUAACACAAGAUGCCGACUAUUUCCCUGCCGCGUUUUAUGAGCAAGGAAUCUCUGAACGCUAUGGACUGGGCGAACCAGACCCACUCCGUAACCAGCAUCAAUUGCCGCCGACACCGCCUGUUCAUCGGGAACAUUAUAUGCGUUCAACAGGGCAAACGUACUAA